AUGGCGUGCUUUUCCCAAAGACCGGACGAGUUCAAGCCGGAGCAUGAAACAUGGUCUGCCUACGUGGAGCGCAUGGAGCUGCUGUUUGAGGCUCAUGAUGUGGACGAUGGAAAGAAAGUUCCCGUCUUGUUGAGCUCAGUCGGCGCAGCGACGUAUGGUCUUCUACGCAACCUGGUUCAGCCUGACAAGCCAAAGGACAAAACUUUUGAUCAGGAUGUGACCAUUCUACGAGACUACUAUGAACCAAAACCUUUGGUCAUCGCCGAGCGAUUUAGGAUCAUGGAGAACGUGAUGAGAGACCUCAACGUCCUGGUUUACUUGGAUGACCUGCUAGUGAUGGGCAGGGACGAAGCUGAGCAUCUGCUGAACCUGGACAGAGUUCUACAGCGGCUACAAGAAAACGGCCUGAGAGUAAAAAAGUCAAAGUGUGACUUUGGGAAAACACAAAUCGAGUACCUAGGUCACAUGUUGGAUGGAAAAGGAGUUUACCCUUCUAAAGACAAGGUCAGAGCCGUGCAUGAUGCUCCAACGCCCACAAACAUCAAAGAGCUCAGGGCUUUCCUAGGGCUAGUGAACUACUACGGUCGCUUUUUGCCGCAGCAAAGUACUGUUUUGGCCCCACUCUACAAACUGCUAAAAGACCAAACAAAAUGGAGGUGGAGUAAAGUGGAACAGAGCGCUUUUGAUGAAAUGUUGACCGGUGACAAGGUGUUAGUUCACUAUGAUCCGAGCCUGCCGCUUUCUCUCGCAUGUGAUGCUUCAGCGUACGGAAUUGGAGCCGUUAUUCAGCACACAACGCAUGACGGACAAGAGCGUCCAGUAGCCUAUGCUUCUCGUACACUCUCACCGGCGGAAAAGAACUACUCACAGAUAGAAAAGGAGGCGUUAAGCCUGGUGUACUGUAUGGAGUAA